AUAGUCUCGGACCAAUAAUUGUACCACUAGCCAUAAAAUUGUAUUGUUUCUUUCCUUCCAAAUGGAGUGAAAGGCUUCAAUUAAAAGCUGUGGCAGCGGAACGUUACAAAAUAUUGAAAAUAAAAUUUAGAAGAAUGAGUUUGAGAAGACCAAGCAACAAGACAGGAAAGUCUACAUAAAGCUGGAACAAUCCUAAAGACUCUGACUUAAAAUGGAAUUUAGCAAAGAUAAAGCAGGUUUAAGAUUUCAGUCUUGAAGACGUCGCAUACAUAAAAUUCUUCUCACCAUGGCUGUUAAGACAUUUGGAUGUCCAAAUGUUUUUAGCUGCUUGUUGCUGCUAACCAGCCUAGAUAGUUAUUUUGCUGCUGGAGACCUGUCUUUGCAACAUUUUCAUACAAAUUCUAGUGCUUCAUAUAAAGCUGACCCCUUUGAUGGGACAGAAUCAGGACGAGAUGAGAGGCUACAUAUUUUCACCUUGGACUAUGAAUAUGUGCAAAUACCAUACGAAGUUACACUUUGGAUUCUCUUGGCUUCUCUUGCAAAAAUAGGUUUCCAUCUCUACCAUCGUCUUCCACACUUCAUGCCAGAAAACUGUGUCCACAUUGCCAUGGGUGUUUUGGUUGGUGGGAUUAUUUUUGGCACCAAGCACAAAUCUCCACCAGUUAUGACUACCAGCAUUUAUUUCUUAUACCUCCUUCCUCCCAUUAUCCUUGAAGGAGGCUAUUUUAUGUCCACCCGUCCCUUUUUUGAAAACUUUGGUUCAAUUCUUUGGUGGUCUGCAAUGGGCUCCCUCAUAAAUUCCUUUGGCAUUGGAUUGUCACUUUAUGGAAUUUGCCAGAUCACCCCUUUUGGCCUCAAGGAUGUGAGCCUGCUUGACAGCCUGUUAUUUGGCAGCAUGGUCUCAGCAGUGGAUCCAACAGCUGUCUUAACUGUCUUUGAAGAGAUGUCUGUCAACGAACAACUUUACAUGAUGAUAUUUGGAGAAUCCUUAUUAAAUGAUGGGAUAACUGUAGUCCUAUACAAUAUAUUCAUUGACUUUACCCAGAUGCAUAAAUAUGAAACAAUUGAAUCUGUUGACAUUCUAGCUGGCUGCGCUCGCUUUUUUGUAGUCAGUCUUGGAGGGCUGCUGUUUGGCAUCGUCUUUGGAUUUGUGGCAGCUUUUAUGACUCGAUUCACCCAAAACAUUUCUGCCAUUGAACCUCUCUUGGUCUUCAUGUUCAGUUACCUGUCCUAUUUAACCGCGGAAAUACUUUACAUAUCUGGCAUCUUGGCGAUUACAGCAUGUGCAGUGACAAUGAAGAAAUAUGUGGAAGCCAAUAUUUCUCAAAAUUCCUAUAUAACCAUAAAAUACUUCAUGAAAAUGCUGAGCAGUAUCAGCGAGACCCUGAUCUUCGUGUUCAUGGGAGUGUCUACAAUUGGUCGGAACCAUGAGUGGAACUGGGCUUUCAUUGGCUUCACCCUGCUUUUCUGCAUGCUUUGGAGAGCACUAAGUGUGUUCUUUCUGUUCUCUAUUUGCAACAAGUUCCGCACUUACAAAUUUACUCUCAAGGAUCAACUUAUUGUUACCUAUAGUGGGCUAAGAGGAGCCAGCAGCUUCUCCCUUGCGUUUUUGCUUCCUACAACCCUCUUUCCUAAAAAGAAGAUGUUUAUCACAUCUACUAUUGUAGUGAUAUACUUUACUGUUUUCAUUCAGGGAAUCACCAUUAGACCUCUGGUAAAAUACCUAGAUGUUAAGAAGACCAAUAAAAAAGAAUCAAUAAAUGAAGAAAUUCAUAUGCGAUUGAUGGAUCAUUUAAAAGCUGGAAUUGAAGAUAUAUGUGGACACUGGAGCCAUUAUCAACUGAGAGACAAAUUUAAGAGGUUUGACAAUAAUUUUCUGAAGAAGAUACUACUGCACAAACAACAGCCUAAAUCCAGCCUUGUAUCUUUAUAUAAGAAACUGGAAAUCAGACAAGUCAUUGAAAUGGUAGAAAGUGGGAGCAUGACACCUACGACUUCCAAAUCAUCUUCUCUGAGGUGCAGGAAGGAAAGAAUACAGAAACUUUCCCCUAAAGAUGUGGAAUCUAUGCAGAACAUGCUGGCACAUAAUCUGUAUCAAGUGAGGCAAAGGACACUAUCGUACAACAGGUAUAACCUUGACCCUGAAACAAGUGAAAAGCAAGCGAAAGAAAUACUUAUCCGACAUCGAUGCAGCAUGCGGCAGACCACAAGGAAAGGUCAUAGCUUACCAUGGGGAGGGCAGGCUGCCAGUAAAAGCCUACGUUAUUUAUCCCUACCCUUUGGUAAUUCUCAACCAAUGAGAAGAACAACCAGGAUGAACGAUGAUGAUCAAACAGGGUAUGGUAGCAGUGAUUCCGAAUCUGUCUUCAUGAUGCAUAAUUCAGAGGCUGGACCAAGGUCACCUCAGAAGAAACACCGUCAGCAGAAGGAAUUUCUCCCAAUGGAGCAAAUGCAUUCACGAACUAAACCAGCCAGUUUUACAAGGCAGAAAAGAACAAAUCAACAGGAUCAGCGAGCCAGAAUACAAAAACCACUUUUAGCCCCGAAGCCUCAACUUAAUGCUGUUCUUGAAACUGAUACUCAGUAACUUGAGUCAGAGGAUGAGGUCAACAGGGCCUCAUGCCCUACAGCACCUGUUGUUGUAUGGGCAGGAGAAACCAGAGGCAAAAACCAUGUUUAUCAGUCCAAAAGACACUUUACUCAAAGAAAAAAAUGAAUCCUCACCUUCACUGCAUGCUAUGAUGACAAUUUUCAUGCCAAAUGUUUCAUAAAUUGUUGGAAACUUCUAAAUGGAAAAUUUAUGUAUUCUUAGAUGCUC